AUGAAGCUAGAAACGGCUAUCACAACCAUUGCUCCAGUGUUCCAAAAAGUUUUAUUGAUCGUAUUGGGAGUAUUAAUUUCCAAAGCUAUCAAACUCAUCUCUCAUUGGCGUAAUGGUAACCAACCUGCUGCUAUUGAUGCUAGUUCUGAAGAUGAUGUUGUUUUGACUCAUACGGAUUCUCCUCCAGCUACCAAGUAUGAUGUGUUUCUUAGCUUUAGAGGAGAAGACACUCGCCACAAUUUUGGAAGUUAUCUUUACAAAGGACUUCAAAAUGCAAGCAUUCAUACUUUUAUGGAUCACAAACUCUGCAAAGGAGAAUUGAUCUCACCAGUUCUUCUAAAAACAAUAGAGGAAUCAAAAAUAUCUGUGAUUGUUUUCUCUGAGAAUUAUGCUUCUUCAACUUGGUGUUUGGAUGAGCUUGUUCACAUAUUAGAAUGCAAGCGUAAAUUUGGAAGGGUUGUGAUACCUGUUUUCUAUAACGUAGAUCCUUCAAGCAUACGCAAACAAAAUGGGAAUUUUGGAAAAGGAUUUGAUAUACUGAAGCAAAGAUUUAAAGACAACCAACAAAAAUUGCAAAAGUGGAGAAAUGCUAUAAUCCAAUCUACAAGUCUAUCUGGAUGGGAUUCCAAUGUUAUCAGACCUGAAUUCAAACUUGUUGAAGAGAUUGUCAAGGACAUUUUGAGCAAAUUGAAUCGCAAGUCAUCCAUUUAUGUGGAAGGAUUAGUUGGAAUCGAUCAUCAAAUUCGGAGAGUUGAAGAGCUAAUAAGUGAAGCUCGCAUUGUGGGAAUAUGGGGUAUGGGUGGUAUAGGCAAGACCACUCUCGCUAGAGCCGUAUUUGACAAGUUGAAAGCACACUUUGAAGCUUUCUGCUUCAUUAAAAAUGUCAGACAAAAGCUAGCAGAAAGAAAUGGAUUGGAUGAAUUGCAAGAAAAAUGCCUUAAAGAAUUGUUAAAAGAUGAUGAUAUUAACGCUUACGAUUUAAGAUCUGAUUUUGUGAGAAAAAGGCUUCAGUGUAAGAAAAUUCUUCUAAUACUUGAUGAUGUGGACAAUUCUAUAGCAAUUGAAGAUUUAAAGAAAGCAUGCGAUUGGUUUGGGGAAGGAAGUAGAGUUAUUAUCACAUCAAGAGAUAGGCAUGUGCUUGAGGAUGAUUCUGUCUCUGCAAGUGCAACAUAUCAUGUUCUGAAAUUGGAUCCCCAUCAUGCCCUUCAUCUCUUUAGUUUGAAUGCUUUCAACCAAAAUGAGCCAUUGAAAUGCUAUUUGGAGUUAUCGAAGUGGGUAGUGGAUUAUUGUCAAGGAAAUCCAUUAGCUCUAAAAGUACUGGGUCGCUUUCUUCAUGGCAGAGGCAAAGAAGAGUGGGAAAGUGCUUUGGCGAAACUAAAUCAAACUCCUCACAAUGACAUUUUUAAUGUGCUAAAAUUGAGUUUUGAUGGACUUGAUGACAUACAGAAGAAUGCAUUUCUUGAUCUUGCAUUUUUGUUGAACGCAGGAUGGAGGAUUUCUCAGGACUAUGCAAGACACUUAUAUGGUUCUAUUGCAAAUAUUGAGAUAAAUAUACUUGAAGAGAGAUCCCUCAUCUCAGUGGAUGAUGGUAUUGAGAUGCAUGCUCUACUAAUCGAUAUGGGUCUUGAAAUUUCUAAACAACAAUUAAAAUCUAAUCCUGACAAUCCCAUUCGGCUGUGGAGGCAUGAGGAUAUUUAUCGUUAUUUUUCCAACAAUGACAAGGGGAUUGAGGCAAUUCGAUGCAUGUCAUUGGAUGCAAGCCAAAUAGAAAGCAUGACAUUGAGGGCUAGUCAUUUUCAAAGGAUGCGUUAUUUAAUGUUCCUUAAUGUUUACAAGUCUGAUCAGAGAAAUCCUUCAAAGUUGAAUAUUUGUGAAGAGUUGGAUUAUCUUUCAAAAGAAUUAAGGUUUCUUAGUUGGCAAGAAUAUCCACUGCCAUCUGUGCCAUUACAAUUUUGUGCUAAGAAUCUCAUUGAACUUAACAUGCCUCGUAGUAAUAUCCAACAGCUUUGGGAUGGAAAUCAGCAAUUUCCAAAUCUAAAGAAAAUAUAUCUAUGGAAUUCAAAAAAUCUCAUGGCACUCCCAGAUUUGUCUCAAGCCCCGAAGAUUGAGUGGAUGAGUCUUGGUGGUUGUGUGAAUUUAGAUCAAAUCCAUUCUUCAACUGUCCUGGAAAAGGAUGUCAAUUUAUUUAUAAAAGAUUGUGGGCCAAUGCAGAUAAAUAUUGGGGGCAGUGUGAAAAGGAGAAGUUCAUCAAGGUUAGUGAUUGUGUACAAUUAUUUGGAUGUUUCCAAUUUGACAUUCAAUAAAGUGACAAUGAAGGUGUUGGUAUGUGGCAAAAUGAUGUGUGGUGUUGGAUUUAAGCAUGUGAGAAUGCCACUGGGAGAGACGGCAGAAUUCAUGAGAGUGGGAAUACAAAGUUUGGCGACUUUACUUCCAUUUGUGAGGGUAGUUGAAUGGUUAGAGAGUCCAAUUGAGUUUGGGCAUGAUUUCAAGCAACAUCAUACCUAUCAUGUUUGUCGUGCAUACACUGGUCUUUCAAGCUGGAAUGACUUCAGGCUUUCUGUAAAGGUGAGGGGUGAUGGAGAAGAGAGGGGUGUGGAAGAUGAUGAAGAAGAGGAUGAGGAUGAUACAAAAAUGAUUAGUGAGAGUGAAAGAGAAAUAAGUAGUAAAGGUAAUCAAGUAGCAGAGACAACAUUAUUAUUAAAGGAAGAUGAACAAGAAGGGGCCGAUGAGGAUUAUAGUAAGAUGGACAAUGCAUUAUUAACAACACUACUUAUUCCUAACAGCAUCCCUCGCUGGUCAUUGUUGGUUCGACUGACAUUAAAAGAGAGUGAUAUUAUUAUUGGGAAUAAUAAUACAGGUUGUAGCAUCAUCCCUCAAGCUUCAAUAAUCCUCAAAUCACUCAAUGAAGAUUGCAGAAGGACGAUUCAGCCUCUCUUGGCAGUACAACUCUCUUCCCCAGUAUCCCCUUUACCUCGUCAUUCUUUCACAGUCCGUUAUAACUACUUGGAGAGUACGCCACACGAUCCUUCUUUUCUUUAUUUCAGCAGUACAUACUGGUCAAGUAAUUAUUUUGAUAGUCAUGGCUUAGUUGUUCACUUUUUGAAGGACCAUUGA